AGGCGACGCUGCCAGUGUGACGUAUAAUCUAGUGGACGGUUCUUCAGAAACAGCUGGUCAACCACCUCGGUAGCUGGCUAGCCAACAUAGCCGAAAGAUUCAAGCUAUUUACACGCUUUCGGUGUAUAUUAGCUACUGUGUUUUAGACACACUUCUGUCGUAUCUACUUGUUAACCUAUUUAAUUUAAUAUUACGUUAUUUUGUAUUAGUCAGCUAUAGUAGCUGGCUGGUUAAGUUAGCAUUAGCCUAGUCGCUAAUGCUAACUAACAUCCCCGAACAUGAGCACCCUAAACUACUCUCCUCCUGUUAAAGAAGAGGAGGUCUGCUGGACGGAGAAAGAAGCUCUGGGGCUGAACAUUGUCGUGAAAGAGGAGAAGGAAGAGGAGGAUGUUACAGUUAAACAAGAAGUAGAAGGUGAGGCUGUUACAGUGAAAGAAGAAGGGGAGGAUGUCUCAGUGAAAGAAGAGGAAGACGCGUUCAGAGUGAAAGAGGAGGAGGAUGUUACAGUGAAAGAAGAGGAUGCAGUUUUUGAAGUGGGAGGAGAGGAGACAGGAGAGAGAUGUGACCAUCGUGGAUCCUCUGGGGAGCCUCAACAACAUCAUGAUGCUGACGAGGCAGAGAAGAGUCUCUCCAGAUCAGAACACCUCAAGAAACACCAUCAGAGACCCACAGGAAGGAAACCUCACUGCUGCUCUGACUGUGGGAAACAUUGCAAAUCUUCAUCAAAACUAAAAAUACACCAGCGAGUACACACAGGAGAGAAGCCUUAUAGCUGUGAUCAGUGUGGCAAGAGUUUUACUCAAUCAAGUAGCCUGGUAUCACACAAGAGAACACACACAGGAGAGAAGCCUUAUAGCUGUGAUCAGUGUGGCAAGAGUUUUACUCAAUCAAGUAGCCUGGUAUCACACCAGAGAACACACACAGGAGAGCAGCCAUAUAGCUGUGAUCAUUGUGGCAAGGGUUUUACUCUGUCAACCAACCUGGUAUCACACCAGAGAAUACACACAGGACAUCAGCCAUAUAGCUGUGAUGUAUGUGCAGAUAGUUUUACUACGUCAAGCCAGCUGGUAGUACACCAGCGAGUACACACAGGAGAGAAACCUUAUAGCUGUAAUCAGUGUGGGAAGAGUUUUACUCAGUCAAACAGCCUGAAAUCACACCAGAGAACACACACGGGAGAGAAACCUUAUAGCUGUGAUCAAUGUGACAAAAGAUACUCUCAUUCAAGUAGUCUGAUUAAACAUCAGAAAAUACAUGCAGGAGAUCCACAGAGUGUGGAAUGAUCUGCAACACCAGACCUGGGUAGUAGAACACAGAGUGUGGAAUGACCUCCAACAACAGAUUGAUACAGUUGAAGUCGGAGGUUUACAUACACCUUAGCCAAAUACAUUUAAACUCAGUGUUUCACAAUUCCUGACAUUUAAUCAUAGUAAAAAUUACCUGUCUUAGGUCAGUUAGGAU